AUGGCGGUAACCGACGCUCUUCAGGCUAAGAGCGCCCCCGCGGCCCCAAAGCGGCUUUUGCUCGUCAGCGUGCCUCGCACGGCGUCCAAUUUGCUGUUGAAGAUCUUGAAUGUCCAUGAACAGCCCAAGCUGUCCACCAACCAAAAAGGGGGUUAUUUCUUCUACCCGGCCUUCCUGUCUGCCACACAGGGCGGUACCCUAGCCAAGAAGCCAUCCGAGUGGACCAAAGAAGACAGACAGAAGUUCAAGGGUGAUUUCCAGCGAUGCCUGGACGAGUUGGAGGAUCAUUCUGCGCGGGCGCAGAAAGACAACAAAGCCAUGUUCGUCAAGGAGCAUGCGUUUUGGUUCGUCAAUCCCGCCUCGUGCCACAGGAUGCGAACGGGUGAUGUGGUCGACUCAUUCACCGAUCUGCGCGUGAGGAUCCCCGAGUCGUAUGGCCCGACACAGAGUUACACUCACUCGAAUGAAACCGUUUUGUCGGACGAGUACCUUCGCAGUUGGCAGUUCGCUUUCAUCAUCCGCCACCCCGCGUUGGCAUGGCCUUCAAUGUACCGCUCGCUGCAGAAGCUUGCAGCGGAGGGAUUCAUGGACGAGGAUGGGGUCAAGGGCAGUUCAAUGUCGAACAUGAGCCUGCGCUGGACUCGCCUGCUGUAUGACUGGUGCAUAACGCAGCCCGAUGUGCCGACUCCGCCUCCGGUGGUGGAUGCCCACGAUCUCAUCCGCAAUCCGGAGAUUGUCCGGAAGUUUUGUGAUCAAACAGGGCUGGAUAAGGAAUAUCUGCAGUUCGAAUGGGGGGGGAAGGAUGACCACAAGAAGUCCGACAUAUGGGCGGACGAGGCCGGUGACGAGCAGCGGGAAAGACAUUGGCGAGCUGCCUGCAUAAUGAUGUCCACGCUAGAAACUUCGAAGGGAAUUGUCAAGGACAAGGCCCCUGAGAGCCUCGAUAUCGCUGUGGAGACCGCGAAGUGGAAGGUUGAGUUCGGCGAGGAGAUCGCCGGGCUCAUUGAGCAGGCCGUCUGGGACUCGAUGCCAGACUACGAGUACCUGAAGGCCCGGCGCCUCACAGUGUAG